AUGGCUGUCGCACAACCUGCAAAGUCGAAGGCAACUUCGAAGAACACAACCAACAAUGCCAACUCAAAGACAAAGACGCAGAUGCACCGCCGCUCGAGGACAGGCUGCUAUACUUGCAGAUUACGGCGGAAGAAGUGCGACGAAGGCACCCCCAUGUGCACAGCAUGCAAACACCUCGGACUUGUUUGCGAAUACAAGCGGCCCAUGUGGUGGGGCAACAACGAUGCCCGCAGACAGCACAAGGACGACAUCAAGAUGAUCAUCAAGCGCAAGAAGCUCUCGGAGAAGUCGUCACACACUAUCCAGACCUCGGUCGGCUCUAUUGGCUCACCUCCGGGCCUGUCGCACUCUCUGCCAACCUCUGCGACUUUCUCGGAUCCGUUUGAUCGCACGAGAUCCGCGUCCAUCGACUCGCACUUCUCCUUCAACAACUUCAACAGCUCACCAAACAUGCCCGACUAUGGCGUGUACAACCCCCAGAUCCACCACACACACCCGGACUUCAUGUUCACCAUGUCGCCGUACGAGAUUGACGUGAAGACCGAGCGCCAGAUGUUCGUCAACGAUGUGCCCACGAUAAAGGAGUCUACGGUGUCGACCUUCAGCACUUACCACACGCCACCGCCGCCAGGCACUGUCUUGUCGUCUUACCCCUUUGACGGCGAAUGGACCGAACAAGUAUAUUCGGAGAGACGGGAGUCCCUGAGCGAGGAAGCCUUGAACCCCAACUUCUUCGAUUUCUCGCAUGGCCCAGCCAUGACCUCGAGACAGGUUGAUAUUGAGCUGGAAGAGGGUGACCAACGCCUCCUGGAUCACUUUAUUCAGCACGUGCUCCCCACAAUCUUCCCUAUCCUCGAGUCCAACCAGCAUGGCUCUGUCGGCUCGGAUCUGGUUCUGCCUGCGCUCCAGAGCAACAAGGGAUACCUCCACUGUUGCUUGAUGAUCGCUGCUCAGCACUACAAGGCCACCAUGAACAUUCAGUCCGAGGAGAUCGACAACGACAUCAUGCGACACCGACAUGCGACAAUCCUGGCACUGUGCGAUGCCCUGAACCGGGAUGAGAACCACCAGCAGAUUCUUGAGGCGACUCUGGGCCUGAUCUUCUUCCAGUGCUGCGUCGGCCGCUACGAUGACUCUCUUCCUGACAUCCCAUGGCACCAGCAUUUCCAGGCUGUCAACUCCCUGGUCACCAAGCUUGAUCUCCCGCGCCUGGUUUCCGACCCCUCAGAGACCUUGGCUCAGACUCCGUUCAACAUGACCUUGACCGCUUGGAUUGAUAUCCUGGGAGCAACCAUGCAAGGUCGCGCUCCGAUCUUUGCGCACACCUACCGCGAGAAGCACCUCUCACAAGGCAGCUCUUCGCUCGGUCUGCGCGAGCUGAUGGGCUGUGAUGACAAGGUCAUGUACUUGAUCUCUGAGAUCGCAUGUCUGGAAGCCCUCAAGAGGGAAGGACUGGAUGACAUCACUAUCUGCCAGCAUGUGCAUGCCUUGGGCGACCAGAUAAACCUGACCGAAGUCGGUGAGACUGGACCCAAGAUGCCCUUCAACGCCAACGGCUCCCUGAGCCCGAAGCAGUUGAGCCGCAACAUCACUGAUGCCUUCCGCCUCGCAGCUCGCAUCUACCUGUGCAGCCUGGUCCCGGGUUUCUCGCCCAGCCAGUCCAGCUGCAUCGGCUUGGUUGAGAAGUUGACCCACGUGCUUCAGCACAUCCCCUCUGGACCUGGCGGCUUCGACCGAAGCCUUUCCUGGGUCUACUUGAUCGGUGGCUCGGUCAGCGUGGCCGGGUCCUCCUUCCGCCAAUUCUUCAGCGACCGCAUCGCCCAGCUUGGCGAUGCGGCCAGCUUUGGCAGCUUCGGUGGCGUUGUCUCGAUCUUGCAAGAGGUCUGGCAGCAGACCGACAGCUUCCAGCCAAGUCCCAGCGCUACGGGAUCAACGGAGGUUCCAUACAUCUCCUGGAGAGAUACGAUGCAAAUGAGGGGGUCUGACUACCUACUGAUCUAA